AUGGUUAGAAGGUUCAGCUCUCUUUUCUUCCGUCAAAACAGUCGAGAUGGAGUGGCUUCAGCCGCUGCCGGCGAAGUGCAUGCUAGUGCAUCACGUCCUGGAGUGGCGCUCAACCCGAUCCAGCGCACUGACUUGCCCCAAAAAACAGUGCGCCAUGUCAAAUCAAGCGGAGCCUUACUGGGGACAUUACGCUCAUUGCAGUACAACAUCCAACCUCAACCACCUGUACCAACUCCAUCUGCCAGAGGACUCGGCGAGCUGCAGGAGUGCUUCUGGUUAGAGGACAGCCUACACCGAACGACAUCGCAACUUGACCGCUGCUCGGACCAGCUUGAUCAAAUACAAGGCUCAGCGGCCGAAGUGAGGCAGGAGCUCAAGAGCCUCCAGGUUGAGCUUGAUCUCUUAAAGACGAAGAUGCAACGUGGUGAGGAGGGACGGGAAUCAAUCAGUGAACCACCGAAGCCAGUAGAGAUCACACCGGAACGACCGACUCCUGCCAAAGCAAGCAGUAUUCAGCAGAGAAUCCAGUUCUUCAGCAAAAUAGCGGGUAGCUGA